AUGAGGACAGGUCUUGUGCUCGGUCUGGAUGGCGCCGGCAAGACGCUUCUGCUCCGACAACUCAUGGCGCAGGUCGUGCGGAAGCAGAAAACUGUGAUGGAGCGAAUUGACGGAGACUUGGUCGUUGACCAAAACACACAACCGAGCGUGGGCGUUGAGCACUGGUCGCUGCCACUUGAUGGAGGAAAGGCUUGCACACUGAGAGAAGUCGGCGGACAACUACUGCCCAUGUGGCCGUCGUACUUCGCGUCCUGCCACUUUUGGCUCUUCCUAGUCGACGCCAGCAACGCCACUCAGUUAGCAGCCGCAGCGAUCGAGUUCUUUUCCAUCCAUAGUGUAGACGAGAUGAAAUACAAGCCCAAGUUAUUGGUGAUCAACCAGAUCGAUGCCAGCUUCGUGAUCGACGACACCGUUCUACAGACGUAUCUGUGUCUCGACCGCCUUCUGGCUGAGCCGGACAGUGGCCCGGUACAGAUCAUCAAGACCAGUGCUCUCACGGGUGAAAACGUGGCGCAGAUCCUCAAAUGGCUUAGUCAAGCUGCCAGUAGUGGUCUCUUCUCAGGCAGCAAUCCGAGCAUUGGCCUGUCCGGACUCAGUGGGUUUAGCGGGCGUUACCGGACUCUAGGACGGCAGAACUCGGCUAGCGAUAUGCGAGUUCAUCCCGUAGUGGAGUAG